AUAAACAAUGCAAUGGCAUCAUUCUCGUCAUUUGCGCACAAGUCGUCGGGCAAGGACAUUCUUUUUGCAAACAUGUUAACCGACGUUAGGAGAUGAUGAAGUCUUCACGGCGCAUAGCCCAGCUUAUGAUUGUUAUUGUUUUGAAAAUUUCACGUGGUUGUAUUUAGUCUUCCAAGAUGGAGUCAAGGAACACGCAAAAGUCCCAUUCGACGUACUUCACGUCGUUACGCAAACAUGUGAGAUUAGAACACAUGGCUGCUGGGGUGAGCGGGGGUGUGGUUUCAUCCCUUGUGCUUCAUCCUCUGGAUCUGAUCAAAGUUAGAUUUCAAGUGGACGAAGGUCCAGGCCAUGGUCCCAGCAAGAGGCCCGAGUACAGGGGAGUUGUCCAUGCUCUGAGGUCAAUUGUCAAGUCAGACGGCUGGAGGGGACUGUAUCGUGGAGUGACCCCCAAUGUCACAGGAGCAGGCUUAUCAUGGGGACUUUACUUUUUCUUUUACAACACAACGAAGACCUGGAUGCAAGAUGGGAACACACAGAAAAAUCUGGGACCAGGAAAGCACAUGUUGAUUGCCAGCUUAGCAGGUUUAGCCACCCUGAGUCUAACCAACCCAAUCUGGGUGUCCAAGACCCGCAUGUGUCUGCAGUACGGCAAUGGUAGCCCGGGCCGGGUCCACUUUGUCGGCAUGUGGGAAACCCUGGGGAACGUCUACAAGUUUGAGGGGGUGCGCGGCCUCUACAAGGGCUUCCUCCCUGGGAUCUUCGGCAUCUCGCAUGGAGCUCUGCAGUUCAUGGCCUAUGAAGAGUUGAAGACGCUGUAUAACCGACACCGGAACCAGCCGCUAGAUACCAGACUGAGUUCACUGGAAUACCUCUCGUUUGCAGCCGUGUCCAAAAUGUUUGCUGCAGCUUUGACUUAUCCGUACCAGGUGGUGAGGUCAAGGUUACAGGAUCAGCACCGGUCGUACAACGGCGCGCUUGACGUGAUCCGGCAGAUUUGGCAGCACGAGCGUUUCUCUGGCUUCUACAAGGGCCUGUGGCCGAACCUACUGCGUGUCACCCCGGCCUGCGCCAUCACUUUCUUUGUCUACGAGUCCAUCAUCACCGCCUUCAACCCCACGCCGUCUCCGCCAGGGGGUGUCACAACUCAGGAAAUAAAGUCUACGACAGAAGACGACGCGACUCAGGAAUGAAUUUGAUGCUAGAUGGCGACUCUAUUCAGGAUGUCUUGUCGACUCGGUAGGUGAUGUCUCUGCUCAGAUGAAGUUGGGGACGACCAGUUCUUACUGAGUGUUGCUGAUACUGGUACUGAGAUGUCACAUGCGGGUGUGUACUGAUAUCUGACAUCUCUAGUGGCAGCAUGUUGUUAUGUAGGGGUGUGAACUGACUUAUGUCUUUGGCUCGGAGUACAACUGUGUGUCCAUGCACUCGGGUUUUGAGAAAUAGGUCCUACUAAGUUUUAAAUGGCUCCAGUUUCAAAUCAAUCACCAACUGAUUCAUGUAACUGUUACCCAUUGUUUGUGUGUAUAAUCAAUGUUUCAACUUUGGAAGUUUUAAUAGGUUGCUGUUUUGGUGUGGAAUUGGGAAAAGUUUGUUUUAAGAAACCAGUUUUCUGAAGUUAACUGAAUGCCACAAAGUACAACUGUCAUAUCUCCAUAUUAUUUUGUUCUAAAUUUCUAUAAUCUAGUCUAAUCUCAUGGCUAAGUCCCUUUCCUGCAGGGCAGAAGGUCCUCCUUGGCUCCAGCGUCCUACAGGAGGCGAUAUGAAACCAAAUUUUUUCAGAGUUUCAAUUGGCUUUGAUACCUGGCUCACAUGAAGUCAAUGUCCUAUCGCAGAAUUAUGUUAAAAUUAGAGACGGCUUCUUCAAGGGAUUUAAAUCUCAACUAAUUGUCAUUCCAGUUGCAUGGGCAUGAGACAGUGACUGUAGUCCCCCCAUCCUUAGGCCCACGUUGCUUCCUGGUGGACACAGUGCUCACUAUGUUGACACUGGAUUCGUAUAGCUGCACUAGCACAUUUAAUUUCUCUCAUAUGACCUUAUUAUGUCACAAGGGAUUACGAAUGAAACAAAAUGCAAGGUUUUAUGUCUCGUCCAACCAAAAACUAAAUGAAGGGAGCAAAGGAAAAAGGGGUAUUGUCAUUUUUUUCACUUUUGAGAAAAUCCAAUUUUAAAUUUUGACUUUCUCCUUUCUGGCAUAGUACACAGUAUUUUUAAACAUGGUGUACCUUGUGACUCUCCCCUUUUUUUCAGUCAGAUUUAUGUGUGGACAAGUCCAUCAUCAUUGGCUAUCCACUCAUUAGCUUAUCACAAAAAUUUGAAAAUAUAGUAUUGUAGCAUUAGUACAGACGAAAAUUACAUUUGACUCACUCAUCAAAUUCAAUGAACAUGCACUUUGAGUAUAGUUUCCACAGAACUAGAAGUAGGCCCUAUGCCUUACAAUUCAAGUCUACAGGCCGCAUGCAUUUCUUAUGUAGGCUCUGUCAACAACAAGGGGCAUGUGAUCCAACAUAGCUGUUGUGUCUUUAAACUUUGUCUUUUGAUAGGAGGCUUUUUUGUGGAGUGUGAGGAACAGAACUCCCUAGAGUGGGAAAGGUUUAAUUUCUGACAGACUGAUCAGUAUUGAGCUUCUUUCUAGUGACAGCAGGUCAAACUGACACUGUAUUAUGGAACUCUUCUGAAUGAGAAAGUUUGUAAGACACAUGAAAGUGUUGGCGUGCGUGACAUUUUAGUUUGUUUCACUCUUGUGAAAGGUACAUUGGAAAACACAAGUUGCUGUGCAGCCUUCUGAAAAUCUAAAAAGUUUGCUUGCUUCUUUUGAAUAACAUUCAUGUUUCUGAUCUUUGUCAGAUUUCUUACAAAUCCCACCGGACUAAAGAUUUCACAGUGCCGCAAGUGCCGUUCAAUGACACUAUGGAUGCUGUCAACUUCUUGCAAACAGCUGUGACCAGGUGCUAAACACUUUUGUAUGAUAGUGUUAACCUCAGGAUGUCUACUCAGAAAAUGUUUCAGAGCAAAAGACCUAAGACAUUUCCUGUUUUGUGAAACACAACUAUCUGACCACAAAAUCAAAUCCUUCAUGGAAGAAUCUUUCUCAUACAUUGUCUCGAACAUGACAUACCUACCAGAAGCUAUAUGAUUGUCUACCCUCCUUGAUAUUCCCUCAUUCCCCACAAAACAAUAAUUUUUCUUGCUCACUGAGCAGUGGCCUGUCAAAUUGAAAUUGUAAGAUGACAGUUUCCUCUUAUAGAAAAAAUUGGAUAUUUCUGUUUUAGGGAGUGGAAUGACAUUUUCCAUGUCAAAACUGACAAAAUAGCUUUCACUAUUUCUGUCUCUGUUUCACACCUCCCUGGCAAGCAGUUUCUCUGUUAAGUGCUUCUCAAAAUCUGUUUGUGCUUCCUGAGACGGUUCUUCUCCUUGUGACUUUUUGUUUUUAACAAGCUCACACGUAUCCUUCUUUGGCUUUAUAAAUGAGAUAGUUAAAGAUGUGGGCAUACAUAUGCCUUUUAACGGGUUUUUCACUUUUCUCAAGACAGUACUCACAGUACAUACUACAGUAUAACACGGAUAGGUCGAACACAGAAAACUCGAAAAUCACGCCACGGCGUUACUUUUCGCCCAAUUCUGUUACUUUUAGUUAGCGUGACUCAGCCGCCCGCCGGCGCUUCACUUCACGGGGUUAAUAAGCCCCGACGUGACUUCGCCCGUGUCAGUUAAGAAGUUGGAAUUUUUGUUAACUUUUAGAACGAUAUAACUUCCUCCCCGUUCAACCCAGCAUACCAUUACACUGAUGUACGUAAAGCCUAGUGUUUCGAGAUUUAUUCUUCGUUGGAGUGGUUAUUUUCUGUGCCUUAGUUUUUGUUCUAGACAAGUGUUUGUAGAGUACCCUAUUCGGUCUAUUUUUAGUUACAUAUGUAUGAAUAAAUGCUUGUUUAUUUAACAUAUGCACGACAGAUCUCUCCAAAGUAUGUCUUAAACUGACGACAAAUAGCAUGUCUUUCACCAUGAGAAAUCUUAUAUCUGCGCUAAUAGUAGUAGUCGAGUUAUAGGAGAAGAAAGAUGCACAUCUGCAUUUUUUGACAAAAUUCGCUCAGUGUUACUCAUUUGACUCCUACUUUACCAUGGAACGCACAAGAGAAAGACAUUAUGUGUUUGUUCAUGAAUUGUGUCGUAUCUGUGGCAGCCUGCAU